AUGAAUGCGAAUAGUACCACUCCUAUUGAAUUUGUACUCCUUGGAAUUUCUGAAAGAACUGAUUUACAAACUUUGCUUUUUGCUGUUUUCCUGAUAAUCUACUUUUUUAUUCUGAUGGGGAACUUGAUAGUCUUUGUAGCCACUAUUUAUAGCCAGGCUCUACACACUCCCAUGUAUUUUUUCCUUAGGCAUUUAUCUUUCUUGGAUAUCUGUUAUACAUCUGUCAUUCUGCCUCAAAUGCUUGUACACUUCAUAACAAAGAGGAAGAUUAUCUCAUUCUUGGGGUGUGCCAUGCAGAUGUUUUUUUACAUCUUCCUGGGAACUGCUAUAUGUUACCUCCUGGCUGUAAUGGCAUAUGAUCGUUAUUUGGCAAUUUGCCAUCCCUUGCACUAUAUAAGACUCAUGACCAGGAGAACCUGUUUCCUCUUUGUCUCCAGCUGCUGGAUCAUUGGCUUGUUUGUAUCUCUAUUACAGACAUGGUUGAUAUUUUCUCUGCCCUUAUGUGGUUCUAAUGUUAUUAAUCACUUCUUCUGUGAUAUCUCUCCACUGAUGAGACUGAAUUACCCAAGCAAGCUCCUGUCUCUCAUCUACACAAUGGCCCCUGCAAUGCUUAAUCCUGUUAUCUACAGUUUAAGGAACAAACCAGUAAAAGAUGCCAUAAAAGAAAUACUAGCAAAAUUCUGCAUGAGUAGAUGA